AUGACCGACAAGCAACCCACGACAGUUAAGGAAUGGGCCGAACUUUUGGCGGAUCUCUCAAUGAAGAUGGACGCCAUAAACAACAAAGUGUCAAAUGAGCUGGAGGGAAUGUCCAAAUCAAUGGGAUUCAUGAAUGAGAACUUUGACGAGUUUAAAACAAAGGUGAAAAACAACACAAAGGUACUGAAACAGUUAAACACCGAAUAUCUGGAACUAAAAAAUAAAACAAUGAGCGCGCCAAACGGCUGCUUGGAGCUGGUGGCAUUCCGGACCAGAGACGGCGUUGCCUGCGUAGCCGACGCUUACUGCCCGCACCUGGGCGCCCAUCUUGGCGCCGUGGGCCGCGUGGUGGGAGACUGCAUCGAGUGCCCUUACCACGGCUGGAGGUUCAGCGGCACGACAGGGGCCUGCACUCAUGCACCUUUCGCGCCUAAAGUUCCGGAGUUUGUGAAACUGAAGAAGUGGGAAGUCCACGAGGUGCUGGGAUUCGUGUUUGUCUGGCAUCACGCCGAAGGGGAAGAGCCGUCCUGGCGCAUCGAGGACAUUCCCCAGAUCACCAAAGGCGACUGGAAGCUGUUCUUCAGACACGAACACAGAGUGUCGAUACUCGGCAAGCGGUGGCCCGUCCUCCGUACUAUUGCGGAAACACAGAACAUUGGACCGGCCUUGAUACUGGAGCAUGCUCGGAGCAAGUUUGGUACCGCCAGGGUGGUGAUCGCGAUACUUCCCGAGGAGCCCCUACAAAUGCGCGUCAUUCAGAGGAUGCACUUUGAACCAGAUGCCUGGUGGUUCUUCCGGUAUUUCCUCAGCAAAGCUCACAUCAGUCAGUUUCGAAGAGACAUCUCGAUAAUGAACACAAAAACUCUCAUCGAGCACCCACCGCUGCAGCCUAUCGACAUGAAGAUACUUGAAUUCCGCAAGUGGUUCUCUCAGUUUCUUAGCGAGAACAGCCCCACCUGGCAAACAGUGCGAGAACGCACGCUGCAGUGGUAA